AUGUCUCAAUCGCAAGGAGUGCUCAAGGACACGAUCGCGGGCGGCUUCGGCGGUGCCUGCCUGGUGCUCGUUGGGCACCCGCUGGACACGAUCAAGGUGCGCAUGCAGACCAUGGUCGUGCAGCCCGGUGUGCCUCCUCCGUACACGAGCACCUGGGAUUGCGCCAUGAAGACCAUGAAGGCCGAAGGUCCUCUCGCUCUCUACAAGGGCAUGGUGGCGCCACUGACUGGCGUUACACCGAUGUACUCGCUGUGCUUCUUGGGUUACUCGUUCGGCCAGAAGAUUUUCUGCAAGGAGGACACCUACAAGAACCUCGACCUUGUCCGAAUCGGUCUUGCCGGUGCCACUUCGGGCAUCUUCACCACUCCGAUCUUGGCGCCACUUGAAAGAGUCAAGUGUCUGCUGCAGAUCCAGGGCAAGACUGGCCAGUACAAGGGUCCCUGGGACUGCGCUGUCAAGCUCUACAAGGAGGGUGGAAUUGCCAACGUCAACAAGGGCUACAUGGCCACAAUGCUCAGGGACUCUGUUGCUUCCUUCUUCUACUUCUCUACCUACGCUAUCCUCAAGCACGCCAUGACGCCCGAGGGUCAAGCCCAGCCUAGCGCAUGGGGCACCCUGUUCGCUGGUGGCAUGGCUGGUAUCUUCAACUGGCUGGGCUGUAUCCCCAUCGACACCCUGAAGACCAAGCUUCAGACCGCUCCGGAGGGCAAGUACCCCAACGGUAUCCGCAGCGUGUUCAAGGACGUCAUCAAGAACGACGGCUGGCGCGCCCUGCACCAAAUGUUUCAAUGGUAA